UUUAUUUUGUUUUGGUUAUUUCAAUUUUCCUUUUCCGCGCAGCAGUCCUCUAUUUCACCAUUAGCAUUUGGCGAUUUGGUUGAUGCGGAAUUUUUGAAAUUUUCACAAAUUAUUUGCAUUAAUUCGAUUGGGUCUUAUUAAAAGUACUCGAGGGUUUAAAGCAAAAUCUUAUAAAUCAAAGCAAUGCCUGAGGCAACAUCGACAGUGGCGGCUGCCCAGCCGGCUGAGCUGGAGUGGAUUCAGAUGCGCAAAGAUUACGCGAACCUCCACGUUGAAACGACGAAGGAGAAAAUGAUCCGGAAGGUCAACGAAAAUCCGUUGGUGCCCAUUGGUUGCGGUGCGACGCUGUUGGCACUCGGCUUCGGACUGUGGAACUUCCGGCAGGGCCGUACGCAGAUGUCCCAGUACCUGAUGAGGGCUCGAAUUCUGGCCCAAGGUUUUACUGUCGUAGCGCUGGUCGUUGGCGUCGGUAUGACCUACGUUAAGAAGGAUGAGAAGAAGUAAAAUCCAAUUUUCUUUGGUAGAGGGAUCGUUGGAAGUGUGUUUCUGUGUACAGAUUGACCUGUUUUGUUAGUCUUUUAGUUCUUUAAAAAUAAAACCACUAUAAGUCUA